AUGUAUCCAGGUAUUUCUGUUCCAUCUGUUGAGUCUAGCGCCAACUUUUUGGAACUAACACACCGCGAUACUGUAUCUGUUUUAGACAGUCUCCAAGAUAUCAUCAACAGAGGUGUUGUUUCCCAAAUUGUCUUCCUAAACAAAUUUGCUAUGAAUUUAUUUAAAGAUAUAAUGAGUGAUCUAUCUCUAGUAAAGACAAGAGCAGAAAACCUUAAUGCAAAAAUUCAACAAGUGAAAGCACGCGCAUCUAAAACAUACGAAUUUCUUGCAUCUAAACCAUUAUCUUAUUUCGAAAACACAAAGUCUGUUGAUUUGAAGAUUGAACGUGUUAGUUAUGAUAAGUCUAAGCAACCAGGCCAAACUUAUACAAACUUAGCUCAAAUGAUGAAAGUUCCUGAAGAUAAUUUGACAUUUAAAGAAUUUGUCGGUGUUGGAAGAAUUACUGAUCCAAUUGAAAUCAAGAAAAGAAUGUCAGAUCCAUCGAUUCUUCAUAAUCAAUACGUUGAAGAACUUCUUAAUGAGCUUAAGGAAAUGGAAGAACCCCAGCCAGAGCACAAGCCUUCUAAGCCACCGGCAGCAGCUCAUCAGUCAUUUAUCACUCAGCAAGAAUCAGAUGCUAUCAUCAACGCUUUCUCCGGAAGAAUUCGUCCGGCAGAUAAGUUCCUUGUUAAUCCACCACCUAAGGGUACUACUGACUGGCGCCAUUACGUUGCAAAAUUACCAACAAGAUAUGAAGCUAAAAUGAUCGAUGAAGAAGUUCACGAAGUUACACAAGUCCACGAAAUUAAGCCUCACGCACCAAAGAAGCCGCGUCCAGCUUACAUUCCAAAGCCGAAACCAAUAGCUGCUCCGAAAUUGCAGCCGCAGAGGCCUCCAGAGCCAAAAGCUCCAACGAAAAAGUUCAUCAAUAUAUCCUCAGCAACAAAUGUUAUCAAUGCUACAUCUCAACCCCAAGAACCAGCGCCAUCAAAGCACGAAUCGAAGAAAGCGAGCAAAUCUUCUUCAUCUUCAUCAUCCGCUGCUGCUCCACCACCUCCUCCACCUCCUGCUGCCAAUUUACCACCUCCGCCACCUCCACCAGCAAAUCUUCCUCCACCACCUCCUCCUUCAGCUCCAAAGGCUCCUUCAGCUCCUUCUGCACCAAAGGCAAGCAAUCCUGCUCCAGAUAACCCAGGAGACUUCCUCAGCUUGAUCAAACAAGGUAAUUUCUCGCUCAAGAAGGUCGAUCAGGACGAGGAAAAAGAAAAGAAGCAUACAAUUACAGAUCCAAACAAUGCAAAUGUUGCAGAACUUCUUCUUAUGGAAAUGCAGAGAAGAAGAGAAGAUAUUGUCGAAACAGACUCAGAUGAAGACGAUGAUCAGUCAGAUUCAGAAUCAGAUUGGUAA